AUUUCAAUGCAUUUUAUAAGGUCUCGUUUGAGUACAUAAACAAAACAUGUCUCUCAUAUGCGCAAUAAGCAGUGAAGUGCCAGAUCAGCCAGUGGUGUCACCGCUGUCUGGCGCUGUCUUUGAACGUCGCCUGCUUGAAAAAUACAUUGCGGAGAAUGGCACAGAUCCUAUUACCAACAAAGAACUUACAGUAGACCAGCUGAUUGAACUUAAAGUGCCACCUGUGGCUAAGCCAAAACCUCCAAGUGCCACAAGUAUUCCAGCUAUUCUAAAGGCCCUUCAAGAUGAGUGGGAUGCUGUAAUGCUUCAUUCCUUCACCCUCCGCCAGCAGCUUCAGACUGCUCGCCAAGAACUAAGUCAUGCUCUGUAUCAGCACGAUGCUGCUACCCGUGUGAUCGCUCGUCUUAACAAGGAAGUAACUGCCGCUCGUGAGGCCUUGGCAACACUCAAACCCCAGGCUGGUAUUGCACCAGCUGCCCCUGCUGGACCUACAAUUGCUGCUACAGCUGAAGCUGGUGGUGCAGCAGAUGUACCAAGUGAAGGUGCAGGGCUGACAGAGGAAGUGGUGGCCCGCCUGCAGGACACUGCUACAGUGUUGACACAGGAACGUAAACGACGUGGUCGCACAGUUCCUGAGGGACUCACUCCAGCAGAACAGAUAAGGGGUUUCACCACCCUUGCGUCUCACCCUGGUUUGCACAGUGCAUCAGUACCUGGCAUCCUUGCUGUGGAUGUGCAUCAGAAAGACACAAGCAAGAUAGUCACCGGUGGUAGUGAUAAGAAUGCUACUGUUUUCAACAAGGACACUGAACAGGUUGUUGCCAUCCUGAAAGGGCACACAAAGAAAGUAACUUGUGUGGUGUAUCAUCCAACAGAGGACACCAUUAUAACUGCCUCACCAGAUACUCAGAGUGUACCUAUGUAAACAGUGGAGUGACCUUAGGAUUUUUAAUGACCACACAGCCAUGGCCACUGGAGUUCGGUUUGGGUCAAAUGCAUCCUACUUAGCAUCAACUUCAAUGGAUCGUACCCUCAAGAUUUAUGGACCUUAAAAGCCAUAAAAGUACUUCAGGACUUUUAUUAAGAUAAUUAAGAAUGGUGACUAUCCAUUUCUUAUAUUUUUAUGCAAUUUAUGUAAGUUUCAAGGUGAUAGUAGUGUGCAUGUGUGUGUGCACGUAUGUGUGUAUCAGUAUUUGUCUUGAUAGAUCAUCAUGAAUAAGUAUUUAACAUGACAUGAACAUUUUAAAACAUCAGCAGUAUGAGCAUUGCUUGGGAAGACUUCAGCAAUAGCUGAACUGUAAAUGUUAAUUGAGUAUCAUAUAUGUAUAUGUAAGUGCAACUAGUUUUGAACUAAGUAAUAAUUUUCAAAUCUAAUUUGUCUAUGGUUCCAUUGCCAACAGGUUUAGUUUUAACUAGACUUUUUCAUUUCAGCACAUUUUUUAAUAUUAUUAGACUUUUUUUAUAUACUGGUAUGUAAUUUCUCUGCAGUCUUGAAGUCUUCUUCAACCUUGAAUUACCUAAGAGAUGUCUUUGACACAUUACAAAUAGUUGUAUAAUUAUUACCAUAGUACCAUAGAAGGUAAAUUUUAUGUUGUUCAGUCUAGAAAACAGUAUCUAAUGAGGGAGAUUUUUUAAUGUAUUAUUUCCUAGCUAAAUUUUUGUAUUUAUGACAUAAUUAUACUUCAUUGUUGACAAGUAAUUCUACAAUCUAAUUGUUUAGUGUAUUUAUAACUUUUUUUUGUAAAAGUGUACUAAAUAUCUUCCAAGUUCACAUUUUUCUUCCAAAAUUAGAUGUGCAACAUCUAGGUAUCUUUAUUUUGUAGAUGUGUUGCCAUCCAGUGGCUUUAUCAGUACACUACAUGGACAUGAUCAGAAAACUAGAAUUAUAUACAGAAGACAGUAGAUGACAUAAUCAGUCCCUCAGCCUAGUAACAGGUGAUGGGCACUGUAGCCUUCAAGAUAUGGUGCUCAUCACCUGCUACUGGGCUGAUUGACUGAUUACAUCUUCUACUGUCUUCUGAAUGUAAUUCCAGUUUUCAGAUUAUGUCCAUGUAUUGUAUUGAUAAAGCCACUGGAUGGAAUUCAAUUUUGGUAUUGAAAAGACAUUCAUGAUAAGUUGCAUUUAGGUAAGAGGCAACAUAGCUUACUUACAGAAACAGGAUACUCAUUUUAUAUGACCAAAGUUUAUUCCUGUUUUAACAUCUGUUAUAUUUGAAGUCAUUUCAUCAGACUCGAGCCUUAAACUAAGAUAACCCUUUGAAACUUAAGUAUUGGAAUUGAAAUACUUGCUACAGUAUUAAGAAAUAAGGUGUAAAAAAAGUGUAUUUUUACAGCAUCUAUCUGCACAAGGUCAAGCAGAUGAUUAGCAGGAAAAAUAUCAAAUGGUGUUUGUAAGCUAUAGUGUGGAGUAUAAGAAUGACUAGUGCACAACAAAGUAACAGGUUAACUUGAAAAAAAAUUUCUUUUAAGCAGCUUAAGCAAACCAGUAUCUUGGUGUAAAAUAUUACUUGUAUGCAAUGUACUAAAAGGCAGUUGAUUUAUAUAUAAAAUUUGGAUUUUUUUUAUCAUAUUUCAGGUGCUUUGCAAUCAGCUCUGAUACUUUUCUUGGUAAUCCAAGAUCAGUUUAGCAUUUUUAUGGGUAUUUAGAGCUGCUUGCUUUAUCAUUCAGAGCAUACAAAACAACAUCUAUCCAAAUGUAAUAGAUUAUAUGUAUAUCUAACUGGAAAAGCAAAGCUAUACUCCUUCUAUAUCUACAGGUUUCUGACUGUGAGCUGUGGUAUAGUACAGUACAUCCUAAUGUCCCUUAUCUGUUGUUGGGUUCAGUAUUCACUAAAAUAGGCUUCCAGAAAUGUAUUGAAGUAUAUUUUCUAUCUGUGAAUUACCAUUCACAAGGACAUAUCCCUUGCAGAUAUGGAGGGAGUAAAGCACUAGCAAGACACAUGAUUCAGAGCGUGUUUUAGUCUGGAGUAAACUGAAAUUCAACUGUAGUUGAACAUUUAAGCAAGAGUUUAAUUUAUUUAAGCAAAAAUCUGUUAAAUUGUCACUGUAUAUAAUAUGAUUGAAAUCUCUCACAGUAAAACAGUAAAGAGUGUUUGACUAAAUCUUCCUAAGAUAAAUAACUAUUUGCAGGUUAUUACUCUUAACUGAUUCACUAAUAACAAGAACCACGGCUAUUUAAGAGGUGUCACGAGAUGGAGGGAUCUUGUCAACAUGUGAACUUGUUUAAAACAUUACACAAAUAACCCACACAUAGGAGAGAGAGGAGGAGCUUAUGACAAUGUUUUGGUCUGACUUGGACCAUUUACAAAGUCAUACUAACAGAAAAGAGUGAGGCAACCAAUUUAUAUAGGCUAGCAGGAAAAGGGACUAGAACAAGAGAGUGAGAAGAGGAAGUAGUGGUAGUGGAGGUGGUAGUAGUAAAAAUAGUGGUAGUAUAAAGUAGGGAGAGUAGUUUAGUGGCAAAAGAGAAAAAAGGGGGAGUGAAGGGAGGCAAAAGUAAAGGCAGUAGCAGUAGUAGAGGAAUGGGGGGAAGGGACUAAGUAGAAGUGGGGUCAGUCUAAGGACAAGAAAAAGGUUCAUUGCAAAAGAGCUAAGGGCCCGCAAGGGGUAGAACCAGAUGCAGGGGAAGAAAACUGUUAGUCAGCUUUCCUCCCUGCAUUUGGUCCUACCCCUUGCAGGCCCUUCGCUCUCCUGCAGUGAUCCUUUUUCUUCUCCUUAGACUGACCUCACUUCUACCUCUACUUAGUCCUUUUUCUCCCAUUCCUCUACGACUACUACUAUUUUUUUUUUUUUUUUGAGCCGUCAUGUCAUUUAUAGGCAUAAAAUUUACCUUUAGGGACGGCUGGCCUCUUGGCUGCUUCUCGUCUGUCUUCUGCUUAGAGGUCCCUCCUAGUGGGUCAUGUUCUAACUUACCCACCAUUUGUGCAAGGCCCAGUCAUAACACUACUAGAUCUUAGAUCUAUGAGGUCUUGCAACUCUCUUACCAGGGGUUCUAAGCUCUAUGGCCACCCCACUGGGUAUGCAUUCUUCACUGCACUAUUGAACCUUCUAGGGCCUUCACAACAUACAACUCAAUCUUAGAUGUUGGUAUUUUAAGUUCAUUAUUGAGUAUCUUGUAUGAUUGUGGGAACAUUGCACCUCUCCAGGUAAUUAUCACUGCUCCAAGGACAACUUCUUGAGGGUCAGUGGGCUGUAUGUCGAUAAUGAUCGGCAGCGACUCAGCGUUGUCUUGCUGUGUGUUGUAGAGAUGGAGCUGCUGGGUCGCCCAUCGUCCAGCCCAACUUCUGAUCUGCCCAGUAUUGUAGUACUUGACCUUCUGUCGAUACUGGUCCGCCAUGGACGUGAUGUUAGAAUCACUCGCAAUCUUUAUGUCGAAGACGAAUGUCUUUCUGUUUUCCAUGUCACAAAUCAGCAAGUCAGGCUUACAUGUUCCAUGCACAGUUGGUAUCUGCGGCUCCUUGGCCACAGCAUGUUUCUUCACCAUACAAUCUGUGGUGAUAGCAUCCACAACGUUUUCGUGUCAUCGGACCCGUUGCCCGUGGAGUCUUGGACAUACUUGCAGAAGGUGUCCCAAGGACUCAUUUUGAUCACAACUCUCACAGGUUGUAUUUGCUGGUCUUCAUUCUCUUGCACGCCUUGUUUUCGUUGGCAUCAAAUUAUGUUUAUUUUCAAGGCAUCAAUAUAUGUGGCCCCCUUCGUGAGGUUCGUUCCAUUUGCCAUCCACUUAUGGACUUGUGGGGCGAAAUGAUGUUCUUUCAGUCCCACACCAUCUAGCGAACCAACUAGAACAUUGGUCCAUUCUUUUAACUCCUGCCGUCGUGUUGUUACAACAACAUUCCUCACUUUGCUUCGUCCGACAAAUCUUAAUGCUUUAAUGGUGUUCGGAUGUAUUGCUAGGUUCGGUAUUACCAGAUCUUCAGAGUUGUUCCUCCAUAAUAUCGGAACCCUUGUUGACAAGCAAAUACACCCUAGACCCCACGCAGCAGUCGGUGCGUAAUAAACGUUAAUAGGUGUAUCUUUCGGAAACUUAAGCCAUUUCUUCACCAUCUGCCUGAUCAACUUGUCCAACGUCUUCAAGGUAUUCUGACAGACGCCACCCAGUACCAUAAUAUGUAUGAUACCAGGGAUCAGGUGCUUAUUUAAUAUGUAUAAAUGCUGUUGUGGUUUCAGGGGAGCUUCAUCAAGUGCCACAAGUUUCUCACGAAGCUUUUGGAUAUUUGGCUUUUCCCUACCAGCUGAAGAAAAGUGCAUUCCCGGAUACUUAUAUACUGUAGUGGGUUGAAGGGAUUGCACCUGGGCUCCAUAUAUUUCCAUUUUAUGCAUCGAAUCCACGUACCAUUUCCUCAUUUUCGGUACUGUUUUAAGUUUUAAGGUGCCACACUUCUAUGACUUUAUUUCCAACCCCGACGCUUCCAACUGCCUCAGGAAAUGCUGUAACUGUGCAUGAAGACCUUGCUCGGACUCAGCUACCAACUCCACAUCAACAGCAAAAGCCAAGGCAAACACCUUUGACUCAGCCUCGGCUAUUGGCCAUCCAAUCUGUUCAUUUAAAGCCAAAAAAGCAUCAUUCAUUACUAUAUUGAAGAGGAUGCAUGAGAGGGGGUUCCCUUGCUUAACCCCUCUACACACUUUUCCUUCUCUUCCCAUUACUUCUGUAGUUGCACCAACAUAAGUUGACAUAAUAUAGUUGAUUACUAAGGGGGGCACAUUAUGUAAUUGUAAUGCCUUUCUAACAGAAGGAUGGUUCACCGAGUCAUAGGCCUUCUUCACAUCUAAAAAUAUAGUAUAAAGCGGUUUGAUCUUGGUUUUGCUCUCGCUAAUUAUUGCAUCCCACAACAUAACAUUCUGGGCCAGGCCGUCUGUUGGUAGGAACGCUCUUUGUGCCACAUGGAGAGGAACCCAGUUGACACACCUUGCUGCCAAUAUUUUAUGGAGCACUCUCACAAUAAUACUCGAUAUAGUGAUGGGUCUGUACUGACCUGGUUGGUCAGGACGAUCCACCUUAGGCAGCAACACAGUUCUAGCCUUCCUAAACACUUUUGGCAAAUAACCAAUAUACAACCAGAUGUUGAACAAGUCGACCCAGAACUGCUCUGGAAACAUUUUAAAAUCUUUAAGCAUCCAUCCAUCAGGACCUGGCACAGAACUGCCAUUGCACAUAGCUACCGCUUUCCUAAACUCUUCUAACUGUACUGGUAAAUGCAACUGCCAUAGAUGGUUUUCGACUAGCAUCCGCCUCGGUCUUGCAGCUUCAUCCAAUAGUCUAGCAAACAAAUUCAACCAAAACUCUUGCAAUUGUUCUUUGAGUAUAGCUUGCUGUUCAGGGGCACCCAUGUGCUGCCAUCUUCCUUCCAGUACCAUUUUUGCACACUUAGUCCUAUCUUUGUUGUACAACUUCUGCAAGUCUCUAUAAACUUGUCUCCUUCGGGCUCUUCUUCCUCCCCUGUUGUUGUUAUACUGGGGGGCAUUCCUUUCUUGGUCAGCUUCCCUUUCAUUUUUUAGUAACAUAAGUAACCAUAGUUAAUGACAUUUCAUCUAAUACACUCUGAACAGAGGUAAUACAUUCAUUAGUGAAACCAAAUUCCCCAAACCCUUCCCUCAUUUUCUCCACACAUAGAGUAACAAAAUGUAACAUGUUCUGUAGUUUCUGAGAUGUGUUUGUGUAUGCACAUGUAUUCAUUGUAUCAAGUAGGUGCUGUGUUAGUGCAUGUACUGUUGGAACACACACAUUGUGGGAGUUCUGAAUUCCAAAUUGCCCAUCCCUUCCCCCAAUUUCGUCGCUCUCAACCUCCUGGUGAAAGACAUCUUGAAUCCUUUGAAAACCACCACCAUCAACAAUAACUUCAGACAUUAAUCUAUCAACCAAAGCUCUAUAGGAUGCCACCGUCCUGUGGCCCUUGAUUGCUUCCACUGAUUUCUUGGUAUGGACUUGCACCAACAUCAGGUUCAUCCCAACAGGAACACCUUGACCCAUAUUCCUGGCCUCUCUCAGGAUCUUCACCUUAGCCAUAGCUAACACAUACUCUUCUUCUUUAGACCAUCUGGUCUUUACAUAGACAACAGCCCCCUCCACAUCCCUAUGAUAUUCGUUGGGAUGCUUGCGUCUCCUAUGGAUGGACAAUCCACUCUUGGUUCUACAAACCAUACUACACUCAAGACAUCGAAAUGGAGCUCCAUUAUCAACAGCCGCCAUCGCUAAGAAAGGACGCACUCAACAGAAGUGAGAACAAACCAUGCACAGGACUAGAGAGAGUCUUGCUCACUUAUAUAAAAAACCUGUAAAGCUAAAUUCAGUAAUAAGACUCUGCGCGUGGAGGAUUGUGCAGCUUUAGCCACAGGCUGAUUGAUCACCAAAGCUCACAGCCACCACCUGCAUUACCGACUCCCACCUGGAAUAUAUCCGGAAGUACUGCAUGAGGAUCUUAAUCACUCGAACUGAGAUAAUAGAAAGUGGUGCACCAAAUGCUGUUCACCGAGAACAAGUGACUUCACCCUUCACUGCCCGUUUUUUUCUCUCUUGGCACUAAACUACUCUCCCUACUUUUUGCCACCACUAUUUCUUCUACUACUACCUCCACUACUUACCUACCAUUACCACUACUCCCUCUUCUUCCUCUCUUGUUCCUGUCUGUUUUCCUGCUCUCCUAUAUAAACUGGCUUCCUCACUCUUUUUCUGUUAGUGUGACUCUGUAAAUGGUCCAAGUCAGACCAAAAUGUCAUCAUAAGCUCCUCCUCCUCACCUAUGUGUGGGUUAUUUGUGUACUGCUCCAUUCAUAGUAUUGUACCUUUUUGUUCUUUGUUUACAAUAUCCUUAAAACACAGUCAUGUGAAAAAAUAAAAAACUAACUUGAAGGAAAAAAACUUCUAAUCUUGUUUAUAUAAUACAUUUAUAAAUAGUGUUGACAUUGUUACUCCAUCUUAUGAAGCCUCUUAUGAAAAUGUUAGUAGUGCUUUUAUAGUGAAUAAAACUGGUUAAUAUUGUGCAUUGUGCCUUUGUGUCCCCAGUUCAUACUUUAUGUAGAAGCACAUAAUACUCCAAAUUUGUUGAUAAAACUUGUAACUUUUAAUUAAUGUUCAGUAACAAUUGGAAUUGCAUUUUAAA